GUGAGAGGGGCUCUUUCUGUCUUGUCUAGAGCUGAGGAUGAAGCGGAGAGCAUCAGACAGAGGGGCUGGGGAAACGUCGGCCAGGGCGAAGGCUCUAGGAAGUGGGAUUUCUGGAAAUAAUGCGAAGAGAGCUGGACCGUUCAUCCUGGGUCCCCGUCUGGGCAACUCACCGGUGCCAAGCAUUGUGCAGUGUCUGGCAAGGAAAGAUGGCACAGAUGACUUCUAUCAGCUGAAGAUCCUUACCCUUGAGGAGAGGGGGGACCAAGGAAUAGAAAGCCAAGAGGAGAGGCAAGGCAAGAUGCUGUUACACACCGAGUACUCUCUGCUCUCCCUCCUCCACACACAGGAUGGCGUGGUUCACCACCACGGGCUCUUCCAGGACCGUACCUGUGAAAUCGUUGAGGACACAGAAUCCAGCCGAAUGGUUAAGAAGACAAAGAAGCGCAUCUGCCUUGUUCUGGACUGCCUCUGUGCGCACGACUUCAGCGACAAGACCGCCGACCUGAUCAACCUGCAGCACUACGUCAUCAAGGAGAAGAGGCUCAGCGAGCGGGAGACCGUGGUCAUCUUCUACGACGUGGUGCGCGUGGUGGAAGCCCUGCACCAGAAAAACAUUGUGCACAGAGACCUGAAGCUCGGGAACAUGGUGCUCAAUAAAAGGACGCAUCGGAUAACCAUCACCAACUUCUGCCUCGGGAAGCACCUCGUGAGCGAGGGGGACCUGCUGAAGGACCAGAGGGGCAGCCCCGCCUACAUCAGUCCCGACGUGCUCAGUGGCCGGCCGUACCGGGGCAAGCCGAGCGACAUGUGGGCGCUGGGCGUGGUGCUGUUCACCAUGCUUUACGGCCAGUUCCCCUUCUACGACAGCAUCCCCCAGGAGCUCUUCCGGAAGAUCAAGGCCGCCGAGUACACCAUCCCUGAGGACGGGCGGGUUUCUGAGAGCACCGUGUGUCUCAUCCGGAAACUGCUGGUCCUCGACCCCCAACAGCGCCUGGCUGCCGCCGACGUCCUGGAAGCCCUCAGUGCCAUCAUUGCGUCGUGGCAGUCCCUGUCGUCUCUGAGCGGGCCUCUGCAGGUGGUCCCUGACAUCGACGACCAAAUGAGCAAUGCGGACAGCUCCCAGGAGGUGAGUUGGGAAAGGCAGACAGGUUGUUACCCAAGUCCUGGGGACCAGCCUCUAAGGAAGGCAGGCUGGGCAGGGACCGAAGGUGGCGGCUCCCAGCAGGCCGCAGGGCCUUCUCAGCUUUGUCCCCAGCUCUUAGAGUGGGAAAGGGAGACCUAAGUCCUCGCCCUGUGCUGCCUGGGGCCUGCCUCGUCCAGCUCAGUUGGCAGCUCUGUGGCCUGAGAGGGCAGCUGAGGUGCAGGCCCCACAGCGGCCCAGCCCGGCCCUCCCUCAGCUUCCUCUUCCUGCCAUGGGCUGGCCCUUUAAACAGUCACAUUUCUCUGCCCCUCUGACUCACAUGGUUCUCUCAGCCUUCCUGCUUUUCAUUUUCCAAAUGAUUCAUUUUCUCCCCGUUUUCUCUCUUCCUCUGUUCCCCACACUGGAGAAAGUGCUGGGCCCAGAGUGAGGGCAGAGACCUGGGCACAGGCAGCUUCUGGGUGAUCUUCGGGCGCCCCCUGGAGGACAGAGGUUGGCCAGGCCCUUGGGAGGGAUGUACUGGGCAGGGAGCACCAGGAGGCACCAGCCUGGGGCCACAGCAGAGCCCCCUGGCUCUGGGAAGAGAGUCCCAGGCUACCCCCAGCUCCCACCGGCCAGGGUGUUCAGCAGCUGAGAGUGGUCACCAGUGGCACAUGAGGAAUGCCCAGAUGGCACGUCUCGUUCAGUCCUGUGUGGCCUGUGCUCUUAUCCACGUUUGCGUUUCACAAGUGGGAACUGAGGUUCAGAGAUAGGUUUCCCAGAGCCACACAGCUGGGAAGUAGUGGAGCUGAGCCUUGAAUCCCAGUUGAUUCCAUCGCCCUGCAUCCCCCUCAGCUGAUCAACAUCGGCACCUUCCGCUCAGUCUGUCCUGUCUGCCUGGGCCACGCCAGCUGUGGGGCAGGAUAAAGCUCGGCUGCCCCAGGCCCCUUUUUUUGUUAAUCCUCACU